AUAAAUCUCUCCACCACUGACAGCGUAUCCCACACCGUGGACAAGAAUGUGACCCAGGACAGAGCCUCCUACUCAAAAAGCGAUUUGUUGUUCCUCUGCCACAUGACCGAAACGCAUGGUGGCAAUUUCAAGCCUUUAUGGCUCACAUUUGAAUGCUCAAACUCUCUCCGGCUGGAGGACAGCACACCGCCAUCUUCCUCUCUCACAUCCGACCACGCCGAACUCAUUUCCACUCGGAGUCUUUGAGGGAAAGGACCAGCAGACAUGGACAGGUACAAUCUGGCCUGGACGUUGGCGUUUUUUCUCCCGGUUUUCUCGGCUGUUGUGUUGGCUACAGGCCCUCUGACGGAUUUGGAAAAUAUCGCAGGGAAGCUAGUUUUCUAUCAAAUGGAAGGAAACGCCACCUUUGUGAGAGACACCGGAGAGCUGGCCUCCGACGUUCCCACUGAGACCAUGUUUGAACUGUUUGAUCCCCAAAAGAACUUCAGCACCGCAAAGUUCACCUACACCUGGGACCUCGGCAACGGAAAAGUGAUCCAGGGGACUGAGCCUGUCGUCCGCUACCUGUACUCAGAGUCAGGGAACUACACGCUGCAGCUGAAAUUAGGAGUGAACAUGGCCAAAUACACCCCCCCCAUCACUGGGGUCUACUCGAUGGAUGUCCAAGUGCUUGAUGCCAUCAAAAGCAUUGAGCUAAAGGGGCCAUCGGACUACAAAGUGUCUCAGAACACCAGUUUGGCUUUUCAUGUCGAUGGAAGUCCUCCAAUGUGGGUGUGCUGGCGUUUCCUCACCAACUGCGUGCCUGACGUGUCGGGGGGGUGCACGCUCACCAUGCUUUAUGAGAACACCCUGCGGCUAAACCACACCUUCACCUCCGCCGGAGUCCACUGUCUGGACAUCAGCGUCCGCAAUGACAUCAGCAAGCUGCAGACCUCCUUCAGCCUCUACGUCAGGAGUAGCUAUAACACCCACUUGUUCUUCAUGCUGUCGUGCGCCGCCAUUCUGGUGGCGACCUUCUCCUUCAUCAUCGUCAUCGCCUGUCGUCCUCGCCACAGCAGCAGGACACAGAUCGCCACGUCCAGCAACGCCAUGUUUCUCAAGGACCAAGACUCUGAGGGCCAGAGCAAAAUCCUUUUGAAGUUCUCUGGUGUGGGGAGAGAGGAGAGAGAGCCGCUCAUCUCCCAGCAUGGGACCCAGUACAGCUCCUAAUCAUCACGCUGCUCCUCUGGCUGCUCUCUGCCCAUGUGCCAACCUUUAAGAUUAGUCCGUUUGCAUGUCCUCUUGCUUUUUUAGGUGUAAAAAUGCACAGCUAAACCGUGCAAAGCUGUCGCUGACCUGUGCCGGGGUCAAUCUUUGAUGCUUUUGUCACCACUGUUCAGUGAGCCAAGAGGAUACUGUCUAUCUUUCCUGCGACGGCAUCAAUUUAUUAAUGGGUUGCACUGUUCAGGUUGACUUUUGAAUAGACUCAUGAUAAAUUCAUAGCUCAAGUUCAAGUUAUGUUUAAACUAUGAGAGUUAAUUUAUGCAGGCUGUGAAUAGACUGAACUGUACAUCAAUUUCUGUUUUUCAGAUUUAAUAUUGAUGUAUAAAUACGUUGUUUUUGCCUUACAUAAUAAACAACCUGAUAUCUUAGUUGGA